AUGAUUUCUCAAUCAUCAUCUGCAAGCUUUGAUUUUUCCAAGAUUUUAUGGAUGUCAUCAUCACCCAUCUGCCCAUGUCAGAAUACAAUCCAAUUGAGCUCGAGUACGAGAACAAGAACAAAAAUCAAGACCUCCAUUUGUAGAACAAAAGUUUCAAGGAGAAGAAAAACGGGACUGGUUUGGGCUUGUAUGGUUCCCAUCGAUGGAAAGAAUCAAAAUUUGAAAAGUUUCGCAGAGAAUCAAAUUUCAAAUGAAUUAGAUAAAGCUGGUGAAUCUUCGUCUCACGAUUCCGUUCAAUCGAGUUAUUCCAACGACUUCACUGGAUUUACAGAAGACCCCAUUCUUUGGACAUCAAGAAAACGUAAGAACAACGAUGAGGUCGGGAAUCCGGCAACAUGGCCACAAGUUCCCACAAGUUUUUCACUGUUUCUCGAGAAGGAUUUACAGAGGAAGGAAUCAGUCGAGUGGGUAAACAUGGUGUUAAGCAAGCUAUGGAAGGUUUACAGAGGUGGACUCGAAAAUUGGGUCAUCGGUUUACUUCAACCCGUUAUUGACGACCUUAAAAAACCCGAUUAUGUCAAAAGAGUUGAAAUCAAGCAGUUUUCCCUUGGAAACGAGCCUUUUGUAGUUAGAAACGUUGAACGCAGAACUUCACGCAGCAACAAUGAUUUACAGUAUCAAAUAGGUCUUCGUUACACUGGUGGUGCUCGAAUGCUUCUAAUGUUGACACUAAAAUUUGGGAUUAUUCCAAUUAAAGUUCCUGUUGGCAUUAGAGAUUUUGAUAUUGAUGGUGAACUUUGGGUUAAAUUACGAUUAAUUCCAACUGAGCCUUGGGUUGGAGCUGUUUCAUGGGCUUUUGUGUCACUUCCCAAAAUAAAGUUCGAAUUGUCACCAUUUCGGUUGUUUAAUCUUAUGGCUAUCCCUAUACUUUCAAUGUUUUUGAAAAAGCUAUUAACAGAAGAUUUGCCUCUACUAUUUGUGCGUCCUAAGAAGAUUGUGUUAGACUUUCAAAAGGGGAAAGCAGUGGGCCCAUUACAAAACGAUUUCAAGUCGGGUGAAAUGCAAGAAGGAAACAAGGAUUUUUCUGGUGAACUUUCAGUCACUCUUGUUGAUGCCCGGAAGCUCUCUUACGUCUUUUAUGGAAAAACGGAUCCGUAUGUUGAAUUAAGACUAGGAGAUCAAGUGAUACACAGUAAAAAGAAUAGUAGGACAACUGUGAUUGGGCCCCCUGGCCAGCCUAUAUGGAACCAGGAUUUCAGUAUGCUAGUUACAAAUCCAAGAAAAGAGAAACUAACAAUUCAAGUGAAGGAUUCUUUUGGAUUUAUACAUUUGACAGUUGGGUCAGGCGAGGUUGACUUGGGAUUGUUAAAAGAUACAGUUCCAACUGACAGAAUUGUGACUCUCCAAGGAGGCUGGGGGAUGUUGAACAAGGGAUCUGCUGGUGAGAUCCUACUGAGACUCACAUAUAAAGCCUAUGUUGAAGAUGAAGAAGAUGAAAAGAUCGAUGCAUCAGAUGAUGAGUUCCAGGAAUUAGAGUCAACUGGCACUACAUACAAUCCUUCCCCACGUGGGACAGAAAGAGAAUCACUCAUUGAUGUUUUAGCAGCCUUGAUUGUGAGUGAAGAGUUUCAAGGAAUUGUGGCGUCCGAAACAGCAAUGAGUAAAUCUUCCAUUGAUACGUCGGAUUCGGUGAUUCCUGACUUAGUUUCUUCACCUGAUUCCGAGACUGACUCCGGAGGAUCAGCUUUAUUAUGGCUUGGUGUGAUCACGAUCAUGACAAUAGUAACAGCUAUUAACAUGGGUGGCUCAAAUAUCUUCAAUCCUUGAUGUAAUCAAGUAAUCCUUGGGGGGAAUGGAAUCUCAUUGAGCAAAGAAAUGUUAAUUCAGGGAAUGGAAUGUGUUUGGACAUGAUGAUGAGUUUUUUUUUUAUAAGGAACAACCAUAGAAGAUUGUUUUGUAGAAAGUAGAGAGGGAAGGAGGAGUAGAUAAACUGGUGGAUGGUGCUUAUGUCUGAUGUCGUCUUCAACCAAACACCAAAACUCAAUUUUUAUACCUUUUUGGUGUUGGAUCAUUUUCGAUAAAACACUAAAUUUGGUGUUUUACUAUUCAUUUACGAUGUUAUUAUUUUCUUUAUAAUUUGGUUUUGUAAGCUUAAAUGUUUAUUUAAUUGUAUAUGAUAUUCAAAGUAACCCUCCUUUAAUUUUUCAAGACACUAAGGUCAAGAUCCGAAUGCUAGUUUGUAAAUGUAAUUGACCUCAAAGUUUGAUGGAAAAGGGCCAUUAUUUCCU